GGAAUUUUCCCCCUUAGUGCUGUGUGCAUUAGGGCAAAAAAAAGAAAAACCGCCCCGUGCGGGCUUUUUCACCCGUAAAGAACUCGAUUUUCACGACCGGGUUCUACACAAACCGGGUGCUCCUGUUCGGGUCCGGGUCCUCCCUUUGUGUCCUCGCAGUCUGGCCAAACGGCAGAAUUCCGGCUUUUCGAUGGCGAAUGUUUUCGAGUGCGUCGUAAGCGGUACCGGUAGCCGAUGGAUGGUGGGAACGCUCAUCCUUACGCAUUUGAUAGCGUACAACGAGACGGGCGGUCCUGGGCUGAUGAUAGGGAUGGCUCUGGCUGCCCUGUACGCCGCAUUUGCCGGAACGUGCAAAUCGGGCAUCAAAUCGUUACAGAUCUCCUACAUUCGCACCACGCAUCGGGUCGACUUCUUCUGUCUGUUUCUCGCCAAGUGGAUGGACAUAUUGGCUCUGUUCUCAGCCUGUGCGGUGCUGGUGCGAACGUUAAGCUCCUGCCUGGAUGCCAUGACCGGUGGAUUGGCGCGGAUGUAUAUUUUAGGACGCAACUCACCAGCCAACGAACCCUGGCCGGAUGUAAUCGGUGUGGUGGUCAUCUUCAUCGUCACUGGGAUGUUUAUGCUGGGUUUGGAGAAUACCCGAAUCUUUGGCUUUCUGAUGAUGGCGGGCGUGCUGCUCGUCGGUACACUGAUUGUCAUCAUUACGGGGUUGCGAGGAAAUCCCGGACUGUUCCGUACCGAGCCGAUCCUUCCGAAGGGUGUUGUUGGGCUCCUUUCCGGGACGGCACUGUCAACGUUCACUUACUCGAACGAUUUACUAAACGGUAAUUACAUCAAACGUCUCCUCGGAUUGGUCGUUAUCCUGCUAGUUUUACUAUCGAGCGAACUAGUCGGUGCGUGCUUAACGAUGCUGAUAAAAUUCAGCUCUAGCCACGACUAUGAAGCGGUUCCGAUACUUUCCAUACUGGAGCUGAAGGACUUCCACAAGCUAAUCCCGGCCGUUGCCUGUCUGCUCGUGCUCACCUGCUCGGGCGCUCUGCUCGAACUGUUCCCCGAAAUGUACACCCAAAUUGUGCAGCUGACAACGUCCGACUGGCGCAUACUGGCGAAACAGAUUGGGUACGAAAAUCGGGACAGUGGCAGCCCUACGCUGACGAUCUUUACCGGUGGAAGUUUGUGUGCUAUGUUGGCGUUCGCCUGUCCACUGGAGAACCUCACCUACAUACUGGCGGCAAGCAAUGUUUUGGCCACGUUGCUGAGAUCUUUCCACUUCCUUUAUCUACCGUUCCGGCCGCACUAUCUCGAGCAGCAAAAUGAGUCGAGCCUUGGCUAUAGCCGAUUGAACACGGGUAAACCUUCAACCGCUUCCAGCACGUCGAACACCACCAGCAAUGGUCUCCGUUCUGGGCGUCGACUCGAUCGUCUUUGGUGCUUUAAAUCCUCAAACUUUUGUACUUCGACAAAAGCUGCCCUAGCGCACCACAUGCUUCCGGGAAAUCGUGGACCAAUGUCACACACGAACGGAUGCAACCGGGAGGAACAUGAGCGGGAGUGGUUACUGCUGGGUGAGCCAUCCUCCCCGAAAGGACCACCGCACAGUCCACCGGGAAGUACGAUCGAGUCAACCGUGCUGUCCGAUCAAAUCUCCGACAUUGAGUGUAUUGCGUUGGCCAAACCGGAAAACAUGGACAGUGAGGAUAGCUCCACGGAUAUCGAUGCGAUUGUGGACGAGUAUCGGCAGAAGGUGACCGUAUCGACGGCCGGAUACACUUCCGACAGUGAUACGUUACGAUUGCCCACAGCCAAUAGCUGGUAUUUGGCGAUCAUUUUCAUUGUACUGAUCGUGCUGGGCAGCGUUAUAACAGCGUCCGGAUUAAUGCUGUGGGAUACGAUCAUGAUCAUUGCCGGUGUGAAUGUGGUUUUCAUUCCAGCAACCAUCCUGCUACUAUUUCCGAGGUACGAUCAAGCGAAUUCUUCACCAACAGCGCCGGCCCUGAUGACCUGCGUGAUAACCGUGCUGGGAUCGUUCAUCCUUUUCUCCGCUUCUUUUGCACAGUCCUGGCCAGCGUUAUUGCUGUGGUUUAUGGCAGGACUUUUCCUAUUUAUCCGGUGCGAUACCUGGUGUUGCUUGUGUUUGGAUCGACCCGGCAGUGGUCAAACUACGCUCAUCACCAGCAUGUCCACAGCGAAGACGACCACUAUUCGCGUUCCACGUCCACCGAAGGGUGCCAUCAUACAGGCGCGCAUUGCCGGCCACAGCUGACAGUCGGAGUCGACCGAUAGUGAGCUGUUCGAGGACGAGGACACGGUCGAGGAAUGGACUGACUGAUGGAUCGAAGCGCGCACUACAAACUGUGGUGUGAGCGUGUAAAAUCAGUACAAUGUGAGGCAAACGAACUAAUUCUAGGUGGUGGUUCUCUGGUGUUUUGCUCUGGUGUACCUUAAUCUCUGUGAAUGUGUGUGUAUGUUUGUAUGUGUGUGUGUUUCUGUAUGGCAUGUAACAUCCAUCCAUCCAUCCAUCUCGGGCCUUUCCGUCACCUGUUCCGGUGACAAAAAAAAAAAACACAAGGCACACAAUUGUAUGUGAAUGUGAUAAGACAAAACCAAAGGAAGUCAAAGCGUAUGCCUACCUUAAGUAGUGCCAUUUAGCAAGCUUGGACAGAUGGUAGUAUAGAUCUUUUGUUUCCCGGUUCGCAAUCUAUUUAAUGCGUGUUCAAACCAGAAGACGAACCCGUCAAUUAAUCAUGCAGACAACGGAAUAUACACAUGGACAGUAUAACGAGCAACACAUCGAACGGCAGUAAUUAGCUAUUCUUCUGCUAUCGGUUUUUGAGUUUUGUUUCCGUGUGAGCGAGCAGCGUAUUUGGUGAUAGAAAACGGAAUUAAAAAAGGGUUUUUGGGGCUUGUUUUUUCUAACAACAGUUUGAGCCUAACUUGUGCGGCCUUCAAUGACAACCAUUGUAGAUAGGGCUUUUGGUUUUGUUUGUUGCUUUCGGGUUGAAGAUGCUAGCAAAUAUAGAAAGAAGAAUGGCGGUGAUAUAUUUUUCGGCAAACCGUAGCUUGGUGCUAGUUGUUGUUGGUAAAGUUUUGCAACGUUUGGACGAGAUGCUGCCAUAGCGUUUGUUAGUAGAGAACAUUUUUGCAACACAAGAUGUAACGAAAAGAGCAUUAGAUAGCAUGAUAUACCGGUGAUGGAGGCUUUCGAAUAAACGAAUUGUUUUAUUUUCGUUUGCGGUGGAGCAAUAA